AUGGCCGAAGGGCUAGAGGAACCGGCCAUCAGCGGCAUCCCUGGUUGGAAUUACGCUUUUUUUGCGCCGUUAUGGAUGUCCUGUAUCUCACCAGCGUGGCUUUGGGGAGGCAAAAGCGCCAUGGAUUCUGUGGAGAAUUUUUCACAAAAGCUUCCUACUAGGCCAGAAGAGGAGGAGCUGAAGCAGAUAUUUGAUAAGGCGGCAGGGACAGUCUACGCCCGCUUUGCGUAUCACCGACAGCACCGUCUGGCGCGAGAAUUGUUCUGCUUCAUGAUCGAUGGGAUUAGUAGUAGCGAGGGGUUCGAUGCUCUCCGUCUCCUUAAAGAUGACUGGACGGACUUCAAUGAGCAUUUAGCUAUUUUGAAUGACUUCAAAUUGAUUCUGGUUUUUUUUAUUACCGGUGCUUGUCAGUAA